AUGGGGCGCAACCUCGCGGCGAUACUACUCGUCGUGCUUGCCUGUCUCGUCUCUCUAGCCUCGGCCGAGCAGAUCAAGACGACGAACACGCGGUGGAGCUACCGCCUCCCGCUGCCCGAAGGCGUCAGCGGCGCCGAGAGCCUCGCCUUCUCCGGCAAGGAUGGGGUCUACACCGGCGUCUCCGAUGGCCGGGUGCUCAAGUGGGGCGGCAGCGCCGCCGGCUGGAGCACCUUCGCGUACAAUGCCAACUACAGGAAAAUCCCUCUGUGCUCGGACUCUGGGGUGCCAUCGGAACAAAAAGAGAGCAUCUGCGGGCGGCCUUUGGGCGUCCGGUUCAACAGGAAAACCGGCGAGCUCUUCAUCGCCGACGCCUACAUGGGGCUCAUGAAAGUAGGGCCGGACGGCGGCGAGGCCCAGGUGCUGGCGACGGAGGCGGACGGCGUUCCUUUCCACUUCCUCAACGGCCUCGACGUGGAUCAAGCCACCGGCGAUGUGUACUUCACCGACAGCAGCGCCAACUACCCCCGCAGGUUUAACACGGAGAUCAUCAUGAACGCCGACGCGACCGGGCGCCUGCUCAAGUACGACGCGCGGACGAAGCUCGUCACGGUGCUGAAGGCCGAGCUGCCGUACCCGAACGGCGUGGCGCUCAGCCGCGACAGGACGCACGUGGUGGUGGCGCACACGGUGCCGUGCCAGGCGUUCCGGUACUGGCUCAAGGGGCCCAAGGCCGGGCGGUACGAGCUCCUGGCGGACCUGCCGGGGUACCCGGACAACGUGAGGCGCGACGGUCAGGGUGGCUUCUGGGUGGCGCUGAACCAGGAGAAGGCGCGGCUGAACGCGACUGCGGCGGCUCCGGCGAAGCACUUGGUCGGCGUCCGUCUCAGCGCCGACGGCGUGGAGGUCGAAGAGCUGACGGCCGCCAGGGGCGUCACGCUCAGCGAGGUGGCGGAGAACGGCAACAAGCUGUGGCUGGGUUCCGUCGAGCUUGAUUAUAUCGGCAUCUUUGCCUGAUCGAAUUAUUUGUUGGCGGCUUGAUUUGAUUUAUUAGUAGGGUGUCUGUUAGCGGUUGUCUGAUCGAGUUUUUUCCUUUUUCUUUUGACAUGAGACUGAUUCAGUAUUAGACUGUUUUUAAGAAGGAAUUAAGUCAGUACACUUAUGAAAUUUGUAUGGUUUCACGACUUCCUGCAACGUUUUCUAUAAAUGAAAUUAUGCGCGUAUUUAGCUUUUGUUUCUGUAAAAAAGAUAUGCUUGGUUUGCUUAUGUAUGUUUUCUUCGUAAUAAGGAGCUCUAUUUGACAGCC